CUCGCGCUCAGCACGGAGCAGCUCCAUCUGUUGAUGAAGGUCAUGUGAUGCAGAUCCUCCCAGCAGCCAAUAAACAGGUGACACGUCACGCUGGUCGUUAGAUUUAGUGUCGGUGUCAUGCUGAACAUUUUCAAUCAAUGACAGAGAAACGAACAGAGGACGAGAUUUCCGACGCUCGUGCCCGCGCUCCUGUGGCUGUCGGUCCCUCUCCUCCGCCUGUGAACGCGCGGGACGCUGGGAGCGCGCGUCAGUGAUCCAAGGACAGAGCGGAGGGGCUCGUGAGCAUCAGGUCACCUGGAAUUCCGCGAGCGUACCGAAUCGGAGGAGACCCGGACCCGGAGCAACAGCACCGACCCGGGAGAACCGGGCUGUCCGUGACGCUCCGACCCGGACCCCAGCGAUCUCGGUGUCACGGGGCUCCGACGGCUCUCUGUCAUAAACAACAGCAGACUCAGACCCACGGACACACCGAACCGGGCCCACGGAAACACGGGAGGACAAAACAGAAAUCAACAGGAGGCCGAGUAACGGAUCCAGGACCCGCAGGACCGGAUCAUGGAGCUGCGCGGCGUGCUGCUCCUGGCCGUGCUGCAGUGCUGCUCGGUGGCGCUGUGCGGCUGCGAGCCGCGGCUGGUGAACGUGGGCGCCGUGCUGAGUCAGAAGCGAUACGAGCAGGUGUUCAAGGAGGCGGUGAGUCAGGCCAACGCUCUGUAUGGGAAGGACAAGUUCAAGAUGAACGCCAUCUCCGUCACGCACAAGGCCAACGCCAUCCAGAUGGCCCUCUCCGUCUGCGAGGACCUCAUCUCCAACCAGGUGUACGCCAUUCUGGUCAGCCAUCCUCCACAGUCCAACGACCACCUGACUCCAACGCCUGUCUCCUACACCGCCGGUUUCUACCGAAUCCCCGUGGUCGGCCUGACGACACGCAUGUCCAUCUACUCUGAUAAGGUCGGUCUGUUACAGCAGAGCGCUGACAGUCUGAGCUGCUCACUGAAAAUCAGGAAAGUUCACUUUUAUGUAGAUGACAUCCAGGUGUCCCAGAAAACACACAGAACGAGUGACAAAUCACAAAAGGUGUCACGUCUGGUCAACGGCGUGGAAUCAGUUCUGGACCUGCCCGUCUCGACCUUCGGUUUUCUGGUCUUGACCCCGGAUGUGCUGGUCCUGACUCUUGGUCCUGACUCUGAACGCAUUGCUCUUGAGUCAGGACUGAAUGGUCUUGACUCUGGACCUCCUGGACCAGCAGGUCUGAUUUGCUCACCUCCGUCUGGUUUCAUCGCCUCGGCUCUGACGGAGUCAUGCAAACACAUCUCAGCUGCUUCUGUGGCAGCUGUCGACCUGACUGACUGUCAAAGCGACUCUCUCUGUGCGACUGACAUGCAGCAGAGCUUCGUCACGAGGGAAACGAGAGUUCAGGCCAACCAGCACGGGGCGCUGCACACGGAGGUUAAUAUUAAAAAGAAGUCCGAACUGGACGCAGGUCGACAGACCGCUGGGCAGACUGCGAUGUGUUUGCGUCCGACUCCUGCAGAAGAAAUCAAUCAUUUAUUGGAUGCUUUGCUGCCCCCCCCCCACAUUUUUCUGACUGUCUAUAAUCUUCUGUGUCUGCAUAUUUUCUCUGUGCACAUUACCCAUCAGACUAAAAACAGGAACUAUGAAAACCUCGACCAACAGAACUUUGACUUCAGGAGAACACCCAAGGCUGAGAAGGUGCUGCUGUUCAGCCAGGACACCAACCUUACCGCCCUGCUGCUGGAGGCGAAAGACCUGGAGGCCCGAGUCAUCAUCCUAUCUGCCAGUGAAGACGAAGCUGCGCUCGUGUACAAAGCCGCCCGGCAGCUCAACAUGACCGGCUCCGGUUACGUCUGGCUGGUUGGAGAGCGGGAGAUGACCGGCAAAGCUCUGAGCGAAGCUCCAGACGGCCUGCUGGGCCUCCAGCUGAUUAACGGUAAGAACGAGUCGGCGCACAUCGCGGACGCCGUGGCCGUGGUGGCGCAGUCUCUGCAGGAGCUGUUUGAGAAGGAGAACAUCACUGAACCUCCACGGGGCUGCGUGGGAAACACCAACAUCUGGAGGACCGGGCCACUCUUUAAACGGGUGCUGAUGUCAUCAAAGUACCCCGACGGCCUGACAGGACGUAUCGAGUUUAACGACGACGGCGACCGGCGCUUCGCCACCUACAGCAUCCUGAACUACCAGCAGAAACCAGGUCGCCUCGUCCAGGUUGGAGUCUUUAACGGAACACAGGUUGUGAUGAACCCUCAGAGGAAAAUCAUUUGGCCUGGAGGAGAGACAGAGAAGCCAGUCGGAUACCAGAUGUCGACCAGACUGAAGAUCGUGACGAUUCAUCAGGAGCCAUUUGUUUACGUGAAGCCAACGAAAAGCGACGGGACGUGUAAAGAGGAGUACACCGUCAACGGAGUCCUGAUCAAGAAGGUGAUCUGUACUGGACCCAACGGGACCAUACCAGGUCAGCCCAUCGUCCCUCAGUGUUGCUAUGGUUUCUGCAUCGACCUGCUCAUCAAGCUGGCCAUGAGUAUGAACUUCACCUACGAGGUUCACCUGGUGGCUGAUGGGAAGUUUGGCACGCAGGAGCGAGUGAACAACAGCAACAAGAAGGAGUGGAACGGGAUGAUGGGGGAGCUGCUGGGAGGCCUCGCCGACAUGAUCGUCGCCCCGCUCACCAUCAACAACGAGCGCGCUCAGUACAUCGAGUUCUCCAAACCCUUCAAAUACCAGGGGCUCACCAUCCUCGUCAAGAAGGAAAUCCCUCGCAGCACUCUGGACUCGUUCAUGCAGCCGUUCCAGAGCACACUGUGGCUGUUAGUCGGUCUGUCGGUCCAUGUGGUGGCAGUGAUGCUUUACCUACUAGACCGGUUCAGCCCGUUCGGAAGGUUCAAAGUGAACAGCGAAGAAGAAGAGGAAGACGCCCUCACCCUGUCCUCGGCCAUGUGGUUCUCGUGGGGAGUGCUGCUGAACUCUGGGAUAGGAGAAGGAGCUCCCAGGAGUUUCUCGGCCAGGAUUCUGGGUAUGGUGUGGGCAGGGUUCGCCAUGAUCAUCGUAGCUUCAUACACUGCCAACCUGGCAGCCUUCCUGGUGCUGGACCGGCCUGAGGAGCGCAUCACUGGCAUCAACGACCCCAGGCUGCGUAACCCAUCAGAUAAGUUCAUCUACGCCACAGUGAAGCAGAGCUCGGUGGAUAUCUACUUCAGAAGGCAGGUGGAGCUGAGCACCAUGUACCGGCACAUGGAGAAGCACAACUACGAGAGCGCCGCCGAGGCCAUCCAAGCUGUGCGAGACAAUAAGCUUCACGCCUUCAUCUGGGACAGCGCCGUGCUGGAGUUUGAGGCGUCGCAGAAGUGCGAUCUGGUGACGACAGGAGAGCUGUUCUUCCGCUCCGGAUUCGGGAUCGGGAUGAGGAAGGACAGCCCGUGGAAACAGAACGUGUCUUUGGCUAUUCUCAGUUCUCAUGAGAACGGCUUCAUGGAGGAUCUCGACAAGACGUGGGUUCGAUACCAGGAGUGCGACUCCAGGAGCAACGCCCCGGCCACCCUCACGUUCGAGAACAUGGCGGGUGUGUUCAUGCUGGUUGCUGGAGGCAUCGUGGCCGGGAUCUUCCUCAUCUUCAUUGAGAUCGCCUACAAACGGCACAAAGACGCCCGCAGGAAACAGAUGCAGCUCGCCUUUGCUGCCGUCAAUGUGUGGAGGAAGAACCUGCAGGAUAGGAAAAGUGGUAGAGCAGAGCCCGAGCCCAAACUGAAAACCUCUUUUAGGUCCAUCACCUCGACCUCCGACCUCAAACGCCGUAGGGCCUCCGGGGACGCCACGCCGUACCCGACCGACAUCACCGGCCAGCUCAACCUAUCAGAUCCCUCCGUCAGCACCGUGGUCUGAGAGAGCGAGCGAGCUUCACUGCUGCUGCUGAGCCACACAGACACACACUGACCCUCUGGAUACACAAACACACACA